AUGAAUAUUACCAUUUGCCAGCCUGAGGAUGUGUGGCAUCUCCGCAAGCUGACCGCGGCCAUCCUGUGUGUGUGCUUUGUCAUUGGCUUAGUGGGCAACGGACUUGUGCUCUGGAUGACUGUCUUCAGAAUGACUCGCACCGUCACCACCAUCUGGUUCUUCAACCUGGCCCUCUCCGACUUCAUUGUUUUACUGUCUCUGCCCAUUGCAAUACAUACAUUGACCAUUGGUGAGUGGCCCUUCAACCAAUGGGUUUGCAAACUCUAUCAGGGCUUCCGGAGCCUCAUUUUCUUCACCAGCAUCAACCUCCUGGUCCUCAUCUCUGUGGACCGUUGCAUCUCUGUCCUCUACCCCAUCUGGGCCCGAAACCACCGCACUGUGCAACGAGCAAACUGGCUGGCUGUUGGCGUGUGGUUGCUGUCUGCCUUCACUUGCUAUCCAUACCUGAAAUUCCGGAGCAUUGGUACUCUGAAAAACUGCAGCUAUUGCUAUGUCAACUUCAAUACAACGCAUGGGGAAAUUCCGAUUUUAGAUCAAGUGGUUGUGGGAAGGCACAUGGCUAUGACCAUCGCUCACCUCCUGUUGGGCUUCCUGGUGCCCCUGGUGGUCAUCGGCACCUGUGCCCACCUUAUCUGGACCAAUAUCCGGUGGGAGGGCAGGGUCCACACCAGCUGGACAAAGAGGUUGCUGCUGGUGUUGGUGAGUGUCUUUUUCACCUGUUGGUUCCCAUUUAAUGUGGCACUCUGGGUCCAGUUGUGGCGUUUUGUGCAGUAUAGAAACCCUAUUGACCCCAAGAUGUUGAUCUUCCUUUGGGCUACCUCCUCAUUGGGCUGUCUGAACAGCUGCCUCAACCCCUUCCUCUAUGUUUUCAUAGGCAGAGAUUUCAAACAAAAGUUUUUGCAGUCAAUCCCUUCUUCCCUGGCCAGAGCAUUUGCUGAGGAUGGGGUUCUCAGUCUAACUGUCCCCAAGGUAAAGCCCCAAGGGAAUAAUGGGGACCUUCAGGUGCAAGCUGGAAGCCCUUCUGCUGUGUCUCAAGGAAUUUCACUGGGCUGA